UGCCUUGAGCGGCAGCCAUGAUGGAUUUAAAGGGGCAGUACCGGCAAGAGCUGUAGCCAGAUCAUCAGACUGCGGGUGAGUCUUUAAGGGUACUUUGGGGCAGAGAGUUGAGAUCCUGCUACCUCUUUCUUGCACUCCCGGACAGAUUAAGAAAUGAGCCCUUCCGAGCAGUCUCAAACAACUCGAGUCGGAUUCAAAAACUCCGCCCCCCGGGAUUCUUCCCGCCCCCUCGGCGUCCAGACGGACGGACAGACGGUCCGCCCCGCCCCCUGCGCUACCAACUGACUCCUUGACCUCGGGAUAAUCCGGCCCCUGGUCCUCCUCGCCCGCGACGCGGACCUGGGUCAUCACCCCGCACCUCCUCCCUUCUCUCCUGCCCAUCGCACUCUCUCCCCACCCUGGGCCUCAGGGCAGGUCGACAGCCUGGGACACUUCACCGCAUUCCCAGGCCGGGGAGACCAAGUCCUAGCGCCGAGAUCCUCUGUGAUCCCGCAGCCACUCAGCGGACCUGCCAUUCUUCCCUGCAUCAUCGGGCACCUGGGAGGCACUCUACGCUGACUCUCAGAGCCUGGCAGAUCCUUCUGAGUCCCUGGCUGCUUGAACAGAGUUUCUUCCGGGCUCCUGCCUGAACGCCACAACCAAGGGUUAUAUACAGCCCAGACACGGUCCCCUGGCCAGGAUGUCGGGCCUGGUGUUGGGACAGCGGGAUGAGUCUGCAGGGCACCGGCUCAGCCAGGAGGAGAUCCUGGGGAGCACCCGUCUGGUGAGCCAAGGGCUGGAGGCUCUACACAGUGAGCACCAGGCAGUGCUGCAAAGCCUCUCGCAUACCAUCGAGUGUCUGCAGCAGGGAGGCCAUGAAGAAGGGCUGGUGCACGAGAAGGCCCGGCAGCUGCGCCGAUCCAUGGAAAACAUCGAGCUGGGGCUGAGUGAGGCCCAGGUGAUGCUGGCCCUGGCCAACCACCUGAGCACAGUGGAGUCAGAGAAACAGAAGCUGCGGGCUCAGGUCCGGCGGCUGUGUCAGGAGAACCAGUGGCUCCGGGACGAGCUGGCGGGUACCCAGCAGCGACUCCAGCGCAGCGAACAAGCCGUGGCUCAGCUGGAGGAGGAAAAGAAGCACCUAGAGUUCCUGGGACAGCUGCGACAGUAUGACGAAGAUGGGCACACUGCGGAGGAGAAGGAAGGCGAUGCCUCCAAGGAUUCCCUGGAUGACCUCUUCCGAAAUGAAGAGGAAGAGGACCCCAGCAAUGGCUUGGCCCGUGGCCAGGGCGCCCAGCAUAACGGCUAUGAGAUCCCAGCGAGGCUGCGGACACUGCACAAUCUGGUGAUACAGUAUGCCGCCCAGGGCCGCUAUGAGGUAGCCGUGCCACUCUGCAAGCAGGCACUGGAGGACCUGGAACGCACGUCCGGCCGAGGCCACCCCGACGUGGCCACCAUGCUCAACAUCCUGGCUUUGGUGUAUCGGGACCAGAAUAAGUAUAAGGAAGCUGCCCAUCUGCUGAAUGAUGCCCUCAGCAUUCGAGAGAGCACCCUGGGUCGGGACCACCCUGCUGUGGCCGCCACACUCAACAAUCUGGCUGUGCUCUAUGGUAAGAGAGGCAAAUACAAGGAGGCAGAGCCACUGUGCCAGCGGGCCCUGGAGAUUCGAGAAAAGGUCCUGGGCACUGACCACCCAGAUGUGGCAAAGCAACUGAACAACCUGGCCCUGUUGUGCCAAAACCAGGGCAAGUAUGAGGCCGUGGAACGCUAUUACCGGCGGGCACUGGCCAUCUAUGAGGGGCAGCUGGGGCCUGACAACCCUAACGUAGCCCGGACCAAGAACAACCUGGCUUCCUGUUACCUGAAACAGGGCAAAUAUGCUGAGGCUGAGACGCUCUAUAAAGAGAUCCUGACCCGUGCCCACUUGCAGGAGUUUGGCUCUGUGGAUGACAACCACAAGCCCAUCUGGAUGCAUGCAGAGGAGCGGGAGGCAAUGAGCAAAAGCCCACACCGGGAGGGCGGCACACCCUACGCUGAGUAUGGAGGCUGGUACAAGGCCUGCAAAGUGAGCAGCCCCACCGUGAACACGACUCUGAGGAACCUCGGAGCUCUGUACAGGUGCCAAGGAAAGCUGGAAGCAGCUGAGACCCUGGAGGAGUGUGCCCUGCGCUCCUGGAAGCAGGGCACUGACCCGAUCAGCCAGACCAAGGUGGCUGAGCUGCUUGGGGAGGGUGACAGUGGAAGGACCUCCCAGGAGGGCUUUGGGGGCAGCGUGAAAUUCGAGGGAGGUGAAGAUGCCUCAGUGGCUGUGGAGUGGUCAGGGGAUGGCAGCGGGGCCCUGCAGAGGAGCGGCUCUCUGGGCAAGAUCCGAGAUGUUCUCCGUAGAAGCAGUGAGCUCCUGGUGAGGAAGCUCCAGGGGACCGAGCCCCGGCCCUCCAGCAGCAACAUGAAGCGGGCAGCCUCCUUGAACUAUCUGAACCAACCCAAUGCAACGCCCCUCCAGGUCUCCCGAGGCCUCAGUGCCAGCAGUACGAAUCUCUCUUCAAGCAGCUGACAUUCAAGCUCCCCUGCCUUCCCUGGGACCGGUGGGUCCCCAGCAGCCCUCACAGCAUUCCCUGUGGCUCCUGGCUCUUCCAACCCUACAGUGGGACAGUGAAGGGGGAGCAGUUAACCAGAAGAUGCCCUCAGGGUCUCAGCUCCCUCCUCAGGAAUCCCCCUCAGGAACCAACCUCAGGACACCCUCUCCCCACCCUGUGGUCCUCUAGAGUGGCUCCAUCUACUACUAGGGCCCCCAAAGUGGGUAAAGAGCAGGUGUGCACCUCAGAGAUGCAGCCUGUGGCUGGCUUUUCUGACAGAAGGUUUGGGACUGGCCAGCUGACCUGUCUUGCCCUGGCCUCUCUUUUUCCCUCCAAUGCUUCACUUCAGGUCCGUGUAUUUCACUUUUCUUAAAUAAAGGAAUCAGGUAACCAA